UUUUCCCCCUCAGAUCAGCCACCUCCAGACGGUGCUCGAGGCGUUAGUGGCUGUGCCGGCUCUAUGGGAGAUUUCCAGUUUCUCCAGGACAUGGAGGAGUAUGAUACUGGCACCAUUUGUCUCAGCUUCUCUUCCUCUGACUCCGGAUCAACAGGCGACGCUCUACAGGACGUUCGUUCUCCUCCUCAAGUGCCCUUUCCUGCUGAAUCUGGAUCUGAUAGGAAUUGCCAAUCGCUUCGCACAGUUCAAUCUGCCGGCCUUUGCUCUCGGAGCUCUCCUUCUCGUCCCCUCUGCCAACAAAAAGGCUCAGCAGAUCCAAGGCUUUCUGUCAGGAUGUAACCCGGUGGCUGUCCUGGAUCAGGUGGACGAGCUCAUGAACACCGGGGAGUUAGCUGGAGUUCCCUCACAG